ACCCCAGGGCAUGGCCAACAGGACCUGGGUGAGCAAGUUCAUCCUUGUGGGCUUCUCAGGCUUGGCGGAUCUGCAGCUGCUGCUCUUUGUGCUGUUUGCCCUCCUGUAUGCGGUGACACUGGUGGGGAACGCGCUCAUCGUGACUGUGGUGGGGGCCGACCGCCGCCUGCACACUCCCAUGUACUUCUUUCUGGGGGCUCUGUCUAUCUCAGAGACCUGCUACACCUUUGCCAUCUUGCUUCCCAUGCUGGGGGGCCUGGUGGGUGCCAGCCGUACCAUGUCCCGUGCUGGCUGCGCGGUCCAGAUGUAUGUCUUCAUUGGCCUGGCUUGCAACAACUGCUUCCUGCUGGCAGGCAUGGGCUAUGACCGAUAUCUGGCCAUCUGCCACCCAUUGCGGUACCCCGUCCUCAUGAGCCGCCUGGUCUGUGCCUGGCUGGUGGCCAUGGCCCUCCUCAGUGGGCUCCUCAUCUCCAUGGGCCAGACCCUCUUCAUUUUCAGCCUGCCCUUCUGUGGCCCCAACACCAUCCAUCAUUUCUUUUGUGACCUACUGCCGGUCAUCCGGCUGUCCUGCACUGACACCUCCCUCCAUGAGGCUGUGACUUUUGCCCUCAGCCUCCUGGUCAUCGCUCUGCCCUUUGGCCUCAUCGUCCUCUCCUACCUCUACAUCCUGGGCACCAUCCUGCGCAUCCCCUCAGUGGCUGGGUGGCGCAAGGCUUUUUCCACCUGUGCCUCCCACCUCACCGUGGUGGUCCUGCACUUUGGCUGUGCUUCAGCCAUGUACCUCCGCCCAGCCAUGGACGAUGACUCUGAGCGGGACCAGCUGAUCGCUGUGUCCUACACAGUGGUGACACCCCUGCUCAACCCCGUGGUCUACACCCUCCGGAACAGGGAGGUGCAGAUGGCGCUCAGGAGGGUGUUGGGCAGGAACUCUCUGCUUCUCUCCCCUCAGCGCCAGCUCCAAUCCAUCAUGAGAAGAGGUAAUGACACCUUGGUGACUGAGUUCUUUCUGGUUGGAUUCUCUCUGCCCUCACAGCUGCGCUACAUCCUGUUCACAGUCUUUCUCCUAAUUUACAUCAUCACACUGAUGGCCAACCUGCUCAUCUUGAUGGCCAUCCGGCUGGACUGUGCUCUGCACACCCCCAUGUACUUCUUCCUGUUCACCCUCUCACUCUCUGAGACCUGCUACACCUUUGUCGUCAUCCCCAACAUGCUGGCCACUCUGCUGUCUGGAGGAAAACCCAUCUGCUUGGUGGGCUGUGCUCUGCAGAUGUUCUUCUUCCUGUCGUUUGCAUCUACCAACUGCUCCCUGCUAGCAGUGAUGGGCUAUGAUCGUUAUGUGGCUAUCUGCCAUCCCCUGCACUAUUCAGAGCUAAUGAACCUACGUAUCUGCUUAUGGUUUGCAGCUUCCUGCCUCUUCUUUGGCUUUCUGAUCCCAGGAAUAGAGGUUUAUCUCAUAUUCAACCUGCCAUACUGUGGCCCCAACAGGAUCGACCAUUUCUUCUGUGACAGUGGCCCAGUGCUCCAGCUGGCCUGCACUGACAGCAAGGUCCCCAAAAUUGUUGUUUUUGCAGGUGGCCUCCUGUUCAUCAUCGGUGCUUUGCUCCUGAUCCUGCUGUCCUACGUCUUCAUUCUAAGUGCCAUUCUCAAGAUCUCUUCAGCCCAGGGCCGGCACAAGGCCUUCUCCACUUGUGCUGCCCACAUCACAGUGGUCAUUGUGCACUAUGGCUGUGCUGGCAUCGUCUACCUGAGACCCAAGUCCGCUCACUCACUGGAGCAGGACAAGCUUAUUGCUGUGUCCUACACGGUCUUCACCCCACUGCUCAAUCCCAUGAUGUACAGCCUGAGAAACAAGGAAGUGAGAUUGGCCCUUCGGAAGACAAUGACCAGCAUAUUCUGCCCCCAGAGAGCAUAAGAGCAACUGGACUCUUAGUCGCACAAAGUGGUGGAAAAUGCUACCCUUCACUCGGGCUGCAAAGCAAACUUCAAGUCUCUGGUUCGACUGGAAGGUGUAAUGCUGCCAUCAAGUGGCCCUUUGCUCUGCAGACACUACUACAGGCUUGGUGAAAACUGCUGGUUCUACUUAGCACCUACCUUCAGGGCAAAUGGCAGAAGUAAUCCCACCCUUUUCUUGAGUGAGCAAGCUCCUGUGGUAGAAAUUUCUGCCCAAACCCAUUAGGUGCCAGGCCAGGCUGUGCACCUUGAGGAGCUUCCUGUGAUCUGAGUGCUGGUGUGGAAGUGGGCAGUGUUUGGGAAACUGUGAGUGAGGCCCUGUGUGGAAGCAGAGGGCAGAGCUCUCAGGGCACAGAACUGGCUGGGAGAGUGUGAGCGGGGCACUGCCUGCUGCUUCCUUACCUCACUGUGUCCAGGGAAAUGAGCCUGUGUGUACUAUUGAUGUGAAUAAACAGGAUUGCCCCAACCUAACACCUGAGUCUCAAGGUCCAUUUCUCCUAAUGGGAAUAACUGGCAAGCCACUGAUUACUGAUGAACUGCCUUAUCAAAGGGGAGCGUGGAGCUGACUUGGCACUGACACCACACUUGGCUCUUUCAGGGGGAGGGGGAUGGGGGGGUUCACCCCAUGCAGGGGGAGAGUACUAGACCAGACACCACACAGCUCACAGCACAUGCCAGAGAGAUGGAUCCCACAAGAGAGAUGAGUGCUGUGGCCCUUAGCCCUGGGAGCCCUGCUGCCCAGUGGGAUCUUCCAGCCAGAGUUGGGACCUCAGUCCCAUGCCUGGAGAGAGACAGGUGUCUCUGAAUGGGUUGCACAACAGCCUUCAGGGUGAGUGUGGAGCUGCCUAAGUCACUGGGUAUGAAAUUACAUGCAGUGUGUGGGGCUUCAACCCCGGCCCUGAAAGAUAACUUAAUCUAAGCUUAGCCCUCAAUUCUCUUCUGGCACUGGAGCUGAAUUAGUGCAAUAAACAGAGAGACAAGUCUGCUAAUAUCCACCCAUACACCCAAACUCCUAUAGUGCAGGGGACAGGGGUACAAUAUACUACAUUGCUGUCUAUGGUUGGGGAUAGGGGUGGGCUCUGGCUGUGUGGACGGGGUGGACACUUGCAACCUUAAGACAUUUUUGCUUUCAAAUAUCAAUAAGGUUGUUAUGCAUUUAGAUAAAUGUCCAUUUUAUAAAUUUUAAUCAUUUGCUUGAUAUAUCUUAUCUGUCCUGCUUAGUCAUUUAUAUCUUUUCUGUAUUUUAAUUUUUAAUUUGCUAUUAAAAAUUGAGGUAUCCUUA